AAUGGAGCUGGGGUAAAAAAAAAUUAAAGGGGGUGUGGGGUUUGGAGAUCCGUAUAAAAGCUUUAGCCGUUAAGAAUGAUGACAUAUUCCUCUGGAGAAAAUACAAGUUCCCCCUAAUCUAACACACCGUCAGGCAGAUCAAACGCUGGAAGAUGAGGAGCCUUCUGCAGUGUCUGGCACUCUGUGCUGCGGUCUCUUUCUGCGCCUGCUAUGAUUCUCAUGAAAGCACAGAAUCCUUUGAAGAUUUGUUUGUGCCUCGAAACCGGGCCAACUCGUUCAUUACUCCACAAAGGCGCAAUGUUUUCGUCCCACCCAGAAGCAUCGGCAACAACCAGUUCAACGUCUGGAGGCCCAGAAAGUCUCCAGCCGAGAUGCAGGCAGAGACCUGCGAGGACUUCUCCCCCUGCCGCCUCUACGCCUAUCGCUUCGGCUACCAGCAGGCCUACCGGAGAUACUUUGGACUGGGAGGUCGAAAUCGACUCCCACAGUCCUACAGACCAGCGGGGAGUCGUGGAUUCUAAACCCAAACCCAAAUGCAGUUCACUAACUCCACAUACGUCUGAAUUUUGAUACACUUUUAUUUACCUGAGGUCAACCUUGGCCAAGUGUUGGUAAGCUUUCAGUGUCACUCAAAUCCUUUGACAACCCCAAAUUAUGCAAGCUGCCAUUACCCCCAUGUAGAACUUCACCGCUCAUCCCUUUCUUAAUCUCAGGAUAACUUUAAUCUGCAGUUAUCACACCUCCCCAGCACUUUUGGGCUUUAAGGGAUGUGCUUGAACGAUGUGUUUUGCAAUUUAUUACUAUUUUUUUGUUAUAUCCCUUUUUUUAGCCAGUUUAAUCAAGGCCUGCUCUGCUGUCAGGGAUUUUUAUCAGAUUAAAAACAAAAAAAUAUAGAAAAAAUGUGCAUUUCUGAGGGGCAUUUAUAUAUUUUUUGUCAAGUAAACAAGCAUUUUGGAAACCAGUGUCAGUUUUUCUUUGUAGAAGAAAUAAAGAAGGAAGUAAACAUUGAGUUUGGUUUACAAAUGUUUGUUCUGAUAAUCUAAAAAUCUGUUUUGAGGCCUAAAUGAUAAAUGACCAAUAAACAACCUAUCAAAAGUGCA